AUGGCCCGGGAGGCAGCCAGAGUGGAUGAUGAAAUCGACAGGAUCAAAAACCAGCUAGCAGCACGCCCGUCGAGGAUCCAGACUAUCGAUUUAUCCCACCUGCUGGCCUCUCUCAAACCAAACCCAGAUGCUACUCCUUCGGGGACCCCGGCAGAUACCCAUCCCUAUGAACCACCCCCGUUCGUAGGGACAGUAAGCAUCCUAGAGGACAGGCUAGAUGCCGCACUGUUUGCUCUGGAUGAACUCAAGAUACGAAGGAAAGACCCUACUCGCACCGCGCUUUGGACUGACGCGUCGCUGGUGAAGAGAAAGGCUGGCAUUGCGGUGGUGACAAAGAUAAACCCUGCUCUGAUUUACGAUUCAAAAUGGUUCACGCAGGUGCACAACGUAAAAUCAGUAGAACUUGCCGCCGAGUACUUCCCACCUCGAAAAGUGAUCAUCUUCUCGGAUUGCCAGUGGGCCCUAUACAAGGUCAAAUACCCGAAACUAGUCAUUGUCGAUUGCAACCCGGAUCUCUUUCGCUUGUGGAACGCCAUCGCGGAGGAUAUAGCAAGACGAUCGGCCCUCCUAAAAUCGGCGGGCAUUGAUCUUCACCUCCACUGGGUGCCCGGACAUUCCAUGGUACCAGGUAAUUACUUGGCCGAUCGCCUAGCGCGUCGAGGAAGGAAUUAUGAUGGCCGUGAACAAGACCUCUGA